AUUCUGGCAUAACUUUGGGCUGACAGAUCUGAGUGUGGAAGAGCAGUUUACUGGUCGAGUGGAGUUUCUUGGAGAUAAAGAGAGAAGCUGCACUCUGAGAAUGAACAAUCUGACAAAGAGUGACUCUGGAGAAUAUCGCUUUAGAUUGAUCACUGAUACUGCAGGAGGGAGUUUCUCUGGUUAUCCUGGAGUCAUUCUGAGUGUUACAGAUCUUCAGGUGAAAAUGAGUCCCACCACUCCAUCAGAAGGACAGACAGUAACACUGACCUGUAUCUCCACCUGCACUCUGCCUAACAACACUCCUUACAUCUGGUACAAGAACGGACAGCCUGUAACUAACAAACCCACCAGAUACAACAAGCUGUACCUGGAGUCAGCAAACACUGAGGAUGUUCUCCAGUAUUCUUGUGCUUUAGGAGGUUCAGAGGAGAGCACAGUGUUAAUGUUCAUCACAGUGGGAGUGUCAGUCUUUCUGGCUCUAAUCCUCAUCACAGUAUCGAUGUGGAGGUGCAGUUUGAUCAGGAGGAAGAGAAAAGCAGUGAGAGAUGCAGAUGUUCAGACCACAAAACCUAGAGACGACACCUACUCAGCUCUAAACCCCACCACCAUGUCCUCAGAUUACGACACUCUGACACAUCUUAGAGACUCUCCCAGUGACACCUACACAGCUCUGUAUCCCACCACCAUGUCCUCAGAUUACGACACUCUGACAGUACAAACUGAAAAUACACCAAUAUUAAAUAAAUGAAUUGUGAUGUUUUAAGUGACUGGUUUA